AUUGUCAAAGCCAAUAACCGGGACCUCUCUUACAUCCUACUGGUCUCCCUCCUGCUCUGCUUCUUAUCUCCUUUUCUCUUCAUUGGUCAACCAAGGAAAUUCACCUGCCUUCCUCAACAAAUGGUUUUCAGCAUCAUCUUUUCAGUUGCCAUUUCAUCUCUCUUGGCCAAAACAAUCACAGUGGUGUUGGCUUUUCUGGCCACAAAACCAGGAAAUCAAUGGAAGAGAUGGUUGGGGAAGAGCUUGGCCAACUCCAUCAUUCUUGUUUCUUCUGCUGUGCAAAUUAUUAUUUGCUGCAUCUGGCUGGUAAUUUCUCCCCCAUUUCCUGACUCUGACUACCACUCCCAGCCUGGACUGAUCAUCCUGCAGUGCAAUGAAGGGUCUGUUGUCAUGUUCUACACCACCCUCAGCUAUAUGGGCUUUUUAGCUGUCAUCUGUUUUACAGUGGCUUUCCUGGCCAGGAAUCUUCCUGGGGCCUUCAAUGAAGCCAAGCUGAUUACCUUCAGCAUGCUGGUCUUCUCCAUCUUGGCCUCCAAUGCUGGUCUGCUGGUCUGCAUCUUCAUCCCCAAAUGCUAUAUUAUCAUUCUGAGGCCAGACCUGAAUACAAAGGAGAAUCUUACAACCAGAAGCAAGGUAGAAAUCUACCCUCAACAUGAAGUCUUGAAGAACUUCAAGAUCCUCAAAGAAGUUGUUUCUCACUGUAAUUAUCACCAUCCCCUCUUUGAGACCUCUUCUUCUAUGUCUCCAGUGACUGCUUUGGAUGUAAACAGCAAUCUGAAGCAAUAUUGA